AUGGUCACGCUGCCGGGGGCCACACUCGGAUCGCACGGAAGAUGCAGCUUCCGGGUCAUCGGCGGCGGCCAGGAGGACGGCGUGCUGCGCAUUGUCCGCGUGAUUGACAACGAGCUCAAGGUCUUCGCUCGGAUCCAUGGCAGUGACGACAAGUGGAUGGUGGAGCGUCUCGUGCGGCUGCCUGAGACCACCCGCGGGCUGCCUGCCCGUGAGGAUGGCUAUUUCCAGGGCGAGGCUGUUAUUGUGGACGCGCACGACACGUACGUGCUCUUGACACCACGGGAGAAGGCGUGGCUCUUCUCCGUCGUGCUCGAGACUACGGAGGUCGACCGCAGGCAUGAGAGGAACAUGUACGCUGGGCCGGCGUACCGAUGGGAGCUGCCACUGCCAGUGCACAAGCUAUGGUCACCAAUCUCCCAACUCUUCUCUUGCAUUGAGAGCUAG